AUGGACACAGUGUUGCUACACAGGCUUUACAACAACUUGACCAGCGAGAGAAACCAGUUACUGACCAGUUACAACAACUUGAAAACUGAAAAGGACCAAUUGCUGACCAGUUACAACAACUUGACAAUCGAACGAGAACAGUUACUGACCAGUUACGACAACUUGAAAACUGAAAAGGACCAAUUGCUGACCAGUUACAACAACCUGACAACCGAACGAGAACAGUUACUGACCAGUUACGACAACUUGAAAACUGAAAAGGACCAAUUGCUGACCAGUUACAACAAUCUGACAACCGAACGAGAACAGUUACUGACCAGUUACGACAACUUGAAAACUGAAAAGGACCAAUUGCUGACCAGUUACAACAAUCUGACAACCGAACGAGAACAGUUACUGACCAGUUACGACAACUUGAAAACUGAAAAGGACCAAUUGCUGACCAGUUACAACAAUCUGACAACCGAACAAGAACAGUUACUGACCAGUUACAACAGCUUGAAAACUGAAAAGGACCAAUUACUGACCAGUUACAACAACUUGAAAACUGAAAAUGACCAAUUGCUGACCAGUUACAACAGCUUGAAAACUGAAAAGGACCAAUUGCUGACCAGUUACAACAACCUGACAACUGAACAAGAACAGUUACUGACCAGUUACAACAUCUUGAAAACUGAAAAGGACCAAUUACUGACCAGUUACAACAACUUGAAAACUGAAAAGGACCAAUUGCUGACCAGUUACAACAACAAAGUUAAAGAGAGAGACCAGCUCCAGACAAGAUUUGAAGACAUGACCAAAAGUAGAGACAAUCUUCAGAGAAAGCUUCAAGAUUGCCGAGGAAACUGGGUGGCCUUCAGUGAUAGUUUGUACCAAGUGUCUUCAGAGCAGAAAUCUUGGGAAGAAAGUAGACAAGACUGUCUUCAAAAAGGUUCAGACCUGAUGAUUAUCAACAGCCGAGAAGAACAGAAUUUUGCUAACCAGUUCAAGAAGCUUUUGUGGAUUGGACUGACUGACUCAGAGACAGACGGAAGAUGGAAAUGGGUGGAUGGGACUCGCAUGACCACAAGCUACUGGAAUAGUGGUGAACCAAAUGGUGGCAGAAAGGAAAAUUGUGGACAGAUAAAGGCUUACGACUCGCAAAACAGCUGGAAUGAUGAAACAUGUUCCAAUAAACACUUCUGGAUAUGUGAGAAGAGAGAUUCUCCAUAA